CGAUAUUCUAACCUCUAAUUAUGUGCAACGUGUAAUGUCUUCUCCUCUUGUCUCUCUGGCGUUGACACCAUUUUGACAGUCUCAUUUCAUAGCAUCGUGGCCUUGGCCUUUGCUAUCAGCUAUCCAACAAAAUCAAAAGGCCUGUUCACCCUUCGUGGCCAUGGAAAUCAUGGAGAUUCUCCAACUCUAAACCAAAUAUAAACAACAGAAUAUCUGUUGCAAGUUCAUAACAAAAACAAGGAGAAGAAAAACCAACAUAGAAGAUUCAUAUAGUUGCUGCCUUGUAUAUAUAUAUUUUCUGGGAGUUAGCUUUCGUAAAUGGAGCGCUAUGAAAUACUGAAAGAUAUUGGGUCGGGGAACUUUGGUGUUGCUAAGCUGGUUAGGGAUAAAUGGAGUGGUGGGCUUUAUGCUGUCAAGUAUAUUGAAAGAGGCUCCAAGAUUGAUGAGCAUGUUCAAAGGGAGAUUAUGAACCAUAGGUCCUUGAAGCAUCCCAAUAUAAUAAGAUUCAAGGAGGUCCUGCUAACACCAACUCAUCUAGCCAUAGUCAUGGAGUAUGCUGCUGGCGGAGAACUUUUUGAAAGAAUAUGCAAUGCUGGUAGAUUCAGUGAGGAUGAGGCAAGAUUUUUCUUUCAACAACUGAUAUCAGGAGUGAGUUACUGCCAUGCAAUGCAAAUUUGUCAUAGAGAUCUUAAGUUGGAAAACACACUGUUAGAUGGGAGCACUGCACCGCGACUCAAAAUAUGCGACUUUGGCUACUCCAAGUCAAGUGUGUUUCACUCCCAGCCCAAAUCAACUGUAGGAACACCAGCCUACAUCGCGCCAGAGGUCUUGUCUAGAAAAGAAUAUGAUGGGAAGAUUGCAGAUGUUUGGUCUUGUGGGGUUACUUUGUAUGUCAUGCUGGUUGGGGCUUAUCCUUUUGAAGACCCUGAAGAUCCUAGAAACUUCAGAAAAACAAUUCAGCGGAUUCUGAGUGUCCACUAUUCUAUUCCUGAUUACGUUCGAGUUUCCAAGGAGUGUAGACAUCUCCUAUCCCGGAUUUUUGUAUCGAACCCCGAAAAGAGAAUAACCAUACCAGAAAUCAAGCAGCAACCAUGGUUUUUAAAGAACUUGCCAACAGAAUUCGUGGAAGGAGAGGGUGGCAACCUGGAAACUGAAGAAGAAAAUGACCAAUCUCAAAGUAUUGAAGAAAUAUUGUCUAUAAUUGAUGAAGCUAGGAAACCUGGUGAGGGCCCCAAAGUUAGUAGUCAGGCACUUGGUGGUAGCAUGGAUCUUGAUGAUAUAGAUGCUGAUGCAGACAUAGAUGAUAUAGAGACAAGCGGUGAUUUUGUCUGUGCACUACAAGUGUGAGUCUAAAAAUCAUGUAAACCUUGCAAAACCAAUCUUUCUGAAAAAGAAAAAAAAGAAAAAAUCAAAAAAGCAGUUGAAGAUAAGGCACAAUAUUCCUUUUCAUGGCUAGACGGAAUCUGUUCAGUGGGUGAUGUUGCUUUUCCUCAGCAUGAAAGCCUUUGUUUCUGUAAAGGAGCUGAGAGGGAUUAAAAAGUUAUGUUGCUUCUACAUUUUCAAGUCUGUAAAAUUCUCAGAAUUUCUUUUUCCAUUUUUGCUUAA